GUCUUGUGAUUAAAUAACGGGUGAAAGUUUGGACGACAGUAUGUGCAAUUGCAUAUCAGUACCUUUUGAUUGAUACUUAAUCGUAUACAUAAUGAACGGGUUAACCUACAGGCAGAUUGCAGGACUCUAGGACGUUCGCGGCAGGAGACACCGGAUCUCUAACAAUGGAGAAGAAAGGAAGCAAAACCAAAAGUCUCCGCAUAGCUGUGGACAAGUUUAAUGAAGAAAUUGAUAUGUUUGCAACCGUUCAGGACAAAGAAUUCUCCCAGAGACGCGACAGUAAACGACGAAGAAAAGAAGAGAUUAACAACGACAAACGUCUAAAGCUCUACCGGAAACUGUAUGUCCCAGCCGUAGGCUGCCUGUUGGGUGGUUUUGUGUUGUCUAUUGGGGGCACUGUGCGCGGACUAAGUGAAAAAACUUUUCUAUGGAGACACCGUGAAGUUUUCUGUAUCCUGGGUCCCAUAAUUUUGACUAUUGGUAUUGGAUUGCUUUUGUUGUCUGUAGCUCUUGUUACAAACCGGAUUGAGAAAGUCACCCGACUUGUCGCUCUCCGGAAAUCCCUAAAAUCUAAUUCUAGUCAAAAUAUGUUAGCUUCUCUAAAAUCAUCCAUGGACUCAACCAACAAGAUUUGUCAUUCCAUCGAGGAUUUAGAUGAAUUAGAGCAGUCGUUUACAUACCUUUCAGUUAGCGAAAGGACACCAAAACGAAAGCUCUCUUCCAGCAACUCACAAGUGUCAUUUUCGGAUGAGGUUCAUAUUCAUGAAAUCAAACAAGACUUGCAGCAAACAACAGAAACAAAAUGGCAAGACAAAAUAGCAAGUACAUCACCUAUUUAUUCAGAAGAGCCAAUUGACACUAGGUUACCAUAUAAACGCGGUAGUAUUUCGUUCCGUUUGCUAGAAGGUAUCAUAAAAGCACAAAGAUGCAAGAAGAAUGGACACAGAACUUUAGCUAAGUAUAAAGAUCAACUUCAUUUAAAGCCAACAGGUUCUUCAAACGAGGAAUCACUGCUUCUAUGCAAAGAGUCUUCUCAUUACAAUACUAGCAUGUCAAAUACAGAAACAACCGCAUCAACAGCAGCGAAGGAAUCACGAAUUCUAACUCAUAUUCACAGUCAGGCAGAUGAAAACAUAGCAUUUUGUAUCAAUGACCAACCAAGCGGAGAUGGUGACUCCGUGACACAAAUCCAACAUACGAUAGCCACAUCAACAGAGCGACCCAGGGGUCCCACCAUUACCAAUGACGUGAAAGAACAUACAGGACAGGGAAUUCCGAACCAAGGACAUUCGCCAUGCACGUUACCGCAGCAGAACUCCUGCAGUAAACACCCCGGUUACGGUUCAGAUCAGAUUUCCACGUGCACUGAGAUAACAAUCCUAAUACACCCCCCUAACACGGCAGAAAAUUGAUUUCCAAGUUUCGGUGGAUUUAAAAUGCAGGGUGAAAAAAAAAGUUGGAAUCUAAACCUGGCUAAACACAAGCGAAGGCUCUAAAAAUUAAAAAGGUCGACCAGGGCCAAACGAUUGUGAAAUGGUCUCUUUAAACUUCACAAUAGUGCAAUUUGAGAUAUAAUUUCUGUAUUCAGUUACUCGUUCAUAAUCGGAAGCGUUGCAGUGUGCAACAUGACAUACAAGUUCAAAGCUUAAUACAGAGCUCUCAAAAUUACUAGGGAUUCAAUAUGACAGGCAGACACUGUAGCUAUGGGAUAGUGGAGUUACAGCGGAGACUUGUAGGGUCGGGCCGUUUUUGGCAAGGAAAUGAAGCACAACAUAACACAAAGAACAAUGUAUGGAGUGGACAGUGUAGGACUGAUCUACGGUGGACUAGAUCCUGUUCGUCAACAUGCUUAAUAUAAUUAGAAGUCCACUUCAUGCUUCUAAACUCUCUUUUCAAUAUGAAGAGGUAGACCAUUUUCCAAAAAGGUCACCAGCAAAAUACGAAAAAGUUUGCAGCUGUUUAUUCCAGAAAAACCUGCGAAUUGAAAGAGAAAAGGAACGAAUAAAACAAUUCAGUAUAUGGUAUUCGGAAGUAGAUAAAUUCAAACAGGAAGACUACAUCAAACGCCGCCGAAAACGAAGAGCAGAGAGAAAAGAGCGAGCACAGAAAUUGUGGAAAAUACACGUGCUUUUGAUUCCCGUGGCGCUGCUUCUGUUACCCGGUGUGUUCCUGCUGGUGGCUUGUCAUUUAGAAUUCCAUCACCUAGGCGACUGGUUUAAAGAGAAAAAAACAGAAUUGACAGUCAUUGGGAGCAUAUGUGUAGCGUCAUCAGUUAUAUUGUUUAUGAUCGAACAAGGUCUUCUUAGUUACUAUGGGAAUAAGACUGGAGUUAAAAUGUUUGCUCAGUUUAGAAAGACCGGAACCGAUUAUUUUCAGACUAAAGAUAUGUCACAAACUUUGUCAUAUUCACCAACAACUACUAUUAAAAAAGAACAAACUGAAUACGUUCGAGAGGAUUCAAUAGACACGAUUGGUUCAGAAGAUUUGUCUGGGGCUUUGAAAGAAAGCGACCCUUUACUGAAAAAAAAUCAAUCACAGUCGAAGAGACGCCCUCCAAAAUUAUCGGAAAUUGCUGUUGGGGCGAAUGGAACACAUAUCCUAGACUCGGUGGAUACCUAUGCCUCCGCUCUCACGGAGUUCACGCUCAUCAGCAGCAGCGACCAUUCCUCAACUUCGGAAAACUCCGCACCUUUAUGUGCAUCUGAAUACAGUGGUGUCCUUGAAGACGAAGGUAGAAUUUCAAUGAGAGAUGACGACAUGGAGACAGUGACGUUGCAGUCGUCCGAGUCCGCGGACUUUUUACUCGAUUGAUAUUCUUAAAUGCAAAUAAAAUGUCUUCCAUGCACUAAA